AUGAUGUUGUUCCCGCCCCAGUCGCGCCCCAUGGCCCUCAACCGAGGCCUGCGCCGUGGCCGCGACGACGACAGCUACAGCGCGCCCUGCCACCACAAGCGCAUGAAGCUGGCAGAGAGCCUCCAGUACACGCAGGUGCAAGCGCCCGAGCCCGUAUGGUUUGACCACGUGAGCUCCCCCGAGAACGACGACGUGGACAUGGACGUGGAUAUGGACGCCGAGUCGGACCAGCUGCAGCUCGUGCCGUACGAAGCGCAGGCAUCGUACCCGACGCUCGAGCUGACGUCGCCCGCCAAAGCUUUUCAGACCACUUGCACCCAACAACCGUUUCCACUGCACGACGAGCAACCGCCGGCCGACACGUCGACCGCGAUUGUGCUCUACCGCCCGCCCCGCCACAACGCCGAGUGGAAGACCGAGCCCGAGUCGGACGCGAGCGAGAGCGAGAGCGAGGACGUGGCCGACUUCUCGUACGAUAUGAUGGACAUUGACGACAUAUAG